AUGACACUACGGCAGCCCUUUGGCGUGGUAGCGGCGAUCAUCCCCUGGAAUGUGCCGCUGUUAUUCUUUGCUGGUAAAACAGCGCCGGCGCUCAUCACAGGCAAUACUGUUGUCCUCAAGAGCUCGGAGAAGGCGCCAUUGGCUGCCGCACGAGUUGCCGAGCUUAUUGCGCAGGCUGGCUUCCCUCCCGGCGUCUUUAAUGUUCUCAGCGGACACGGCCUGCCGUCGGGCAACACACUAGCUCGGCAUAUGGACGUGCGAGUUUUGACAUUCACGGGAUCGAGUCGGACUGGCCGUCUUAUUCAGGAACAGGCUGCAAAGACGAACUUGAAAAAGGUCAUCCUCGAGCUUGGUGGAAAGUCCCCAGUGAUCAUUUUUAAUGACGCCAAUAUUGAGAAAGCGGUCAAGCAGACGACUCAUAGCAUACAGUGGAACAGUGGUCAAGUUUGCAUGGCGACCUCGCGAGUGUAUGUUGAGAAAAGCAUUGCGCCCGCAUUCAUCGAAGCCUUCAAGAAGGCAUUUGCUAGUGUGAAAGCAGGCGACCCGACUAUCAAAGGCAUCAACCACGGACCUCAGGCAGAUGAGGUGCAGUACAAAUCCGUCAUGGCGUACAUCGAGGAAGGCAAGAAUUCAGGAAAACUGGCCCUCGGAGGCCAGGGCAACUUGGAGAAGAUGAAUGGGUACUUUGUCGAGCCUACUGUGUUCACAGACACGCCCGAGGAGGCACGCAUCAUGAAAGAGGAGAUUUUCGGCCCAGUAGCGAAUAUCAACACUUUUGAGAGCGAAGACGAAGCAAUUCAAAAGGCGAAUAAUACCGAGUUCGGCCUUUAUGCGGCAGUCUAUACUAGGAACAUUGACCGAGCCUUGAGGGUUGCGAAGGCCCUUGAGAGCGGCUAUGUAGGGAUUAAUUGCACAAGUCCCAGCACUGCCAAGGAUCUCCCCUUCGGUGGUUAUAAAUCAUCGGGGCAAGGCAGAGAAGGGUGGCUGGAGAGCAUGAACAACUUCUUGGAGACUAAGAGUGUGAUCAUAGAGCUGGAGUCCAAGUUAUGA